GCCUUCCCUGGAUCUGGAGACUCACCACUAGAAGACGAUGAAGUCGGGUAUUCACACACUAGAUAUAAAGACACCCCGUGGUGCUCUCCCAUCAAGGUCAAGUAUGGGGAUGUGUACUGCAGGGCCCCUCAUGGAGGAUACUACAAAACAGCCCUGGGGACCAGGUGUGACAUUCGAUGCAGGAAGGGCUACGAGCUGCAGGGCUCUUCCCAGCUAAUCUGCCAGUCAAACAAAAGGUGGUCUGACAAGGUCAUCUGCAAACAAAAGCGAUGCCCUACUCUUGCCAUGCCUGUGAACGGGGGUUUUAAGUGCACAGAUGGAGCCUACUUUAACUCCCGCUGUGAGUACUACUGCUCACCGGGAUACUCAUUAAAAGGGGAAAGAACAGUCAUGUGCAUGGACAGCAAGGCCUGGAGUGGCAGACCAGCCUCCUGUGUUGAUCUGGAGUCUCCUCGAAUUAAAUGCCCUAGUGUGAAAGAACGCAUUGCUGAACCAAAUAAGCUUACAGUUCGUGUGUCCUGGGAAACCCCUGAGGGAAGAGACACAGCAGAUGGAAUUCUAACUGAUGUUAUUCUGAAAGGCCUCCCACCAGGCUCAAAUUUUCCAGAAGGAGACCACCAGAUCCAGUACACUGUUUAUGACAGAGCUGAGAACAAAGGUGUUUGCAAAUUUCGAGUUAAAGUAAGAGUGAGACGCUGCGGCAAACUCAAUGUCCCAGAGAAUGGUUACAUGAAGUGCUCUAGUGAUGGUGAUAACUAUGGAGCCACUUGUGAAUUCUCCUGCAGUGGUGGCUUUGAGCUCCAGGGCAGCCCUGCCCGAGUGUGUCAGUCCAACUUGGCUUGGUCUGGCACAGAGCCCACCUGUGCAGCUAUGAAUGUCAAUGUGGGUGUCAGAACAGCAGCUGCACUUCUCGAUCAGUUUUAUGAGAAAAGGAGACUUCUCAUUGUGUCCACACCUACAGCCCGGAAUCUCCUCUACAGGUUGCAGCUGGGAAUGCUGCAGCAAGCGCAGUGUGGCCUGGAUCUCCGUCAUAUCACUGUGGUGGAACUGGUAGGUGUGUUCCCAACACUCAUCGGCAGAAUAAGAACAAAGAUAAUGCCUCCAGCCCUAGCCAUGCAGCUCAGGCUCUUGCUGAGAAUACCACUCUAUUCCUUCAGCAUGGUGCUUGUGGAUAAGCAUGGCAUGGACAAAGAACGCUACGUCUCCCUCGUGACACCUGUAGCCCUCUUUAACUUGGUAGACACAUUCCCCCUAAGGAAAGAAGAGAUGUUGAUGCAAGCAGAAAUGGGCCAGACCUGUAGUAGUUGA